GGAGAGGCAGGGCCACACCCCUUUCCUCUACAGCGGAGGCAGAGUUUAAGGGGAAGUCCAACCUUUAGACAGACUCAGUCAGUUACACACUCUGAGAGGAACCUCCUGCCUCUUUACACAGACACUUCCCACAGGACAGGAAACACUCCGGAUUACCUGCCCUUUUACAACUAUUCUUUGUUUUAAUUUUUACAAUCAUCAUCGUCAGCAGCACCACCACCUCCGCCACAACCUUCUUGUCCACCAUGGCCAGCUCCAAGUCGUCUCAGACCACCCGCAACAUUGUGAUCGCCUGCCUGGCCCUGUGGUCGGUCAUCUCCCUCAUCAUCAUUGUGGUGUGGGCCACCUCUCCGGACAUGAAGAGUGCCAGCCAGUGCCGAGCUGAGCUGCAGACCCUGACAGAGAAGCACGAGGGGGCCAGGGUGGUGUACGCCAAGAACAAGGCAGCCCUGGAGGAGAUGGUGGAGGAGGGCCGCGCCAACCAGACCCGGCAGCUCAGGGAGACAGAGAGGCUCCUGGAGCGCCUGGGCCAGACCAACGUGUCUCUGGAUGACUGUCGGCAGGAAAAUGUGAGUGUUUGCAUUGCCUCGCUUUGCUUUCCCUCCCCUCUCCCACUCCCCUCCCUGGUUCCCGCAGCCCUGAGGUUAGAACUGACUUGCUCAAUCCCUCAGGCUGCCACAGUUAUCAUCUGCCUCUCUCCUUCUUCUACCCUCUCCAUUGUACCUGAUGCCCUUAUACAUUUUGUCAUUUUACAUUGAUCUGAUAUGAUGAUUUUUAAAUUGAUCUGAUAUCCAAACCUAAUCUAACGGUCAUGGCCAUGAUUUCAUGUUUUUUUUAUACCAUAUCCAUUUGACUGUUUAGAAUAGUUUCAGUGAAAACACGUUACUGUAUCAUCAUGCUAAAUGAUUGCUUGUGAAAAUAAAUGGCAGACCGAAAAGCCACAUUAUGCCUUUACAUAACAACCAGAGGCACAAUGGACAGACAGUAUCAAUUUAAUGUGGACAGUUACGCAAAUGCUAUGCAAAUGCAGCAAUCAAAAUAUUAAAAGCAGCUAGUCCUUCCCAGGGAGUGGGUGGGAGGUCAAGUUUAACCCUUCCUGGAAGAAGAGAUAAAGCAGUGAUAGGGGACACCAUGUCUGUGUCUGAAAUGGCACGCUAUUCCCUAUAUAGUGCUCUACUUUUGACCAGAAGUGUGUAGGGAAAAUGUUGCCAUUUCGGCAGCAGUCCAUGUUCUUUAAGCACAAAGGUCUUAAUCUUUCACCAUUGUCUUUGAUGAGAUCAUUAUUUGAACCUCUUUACUUCGUAGAUACUGUAUUAGAGUACAUGUGUUCAUCAGUGUUGUUUCACAUAAAACGCUGGAUGAAAGGAAUGUUUUCAGAGCCUGUUCUCAUAGCCAAAUCUGGUGCUGGCACAAGCCUGCUUUCACUCAACAUUUCAAAUAUGCGAUUGGAGGGACUCCUUGGGAUGACUGUGCCAAUGUUCACAGAAGUUGUAUCAACUACUUCUGGAAAUUCCUUAGGAGUUACUCAAUGACCACCAGUGUCUUUUUUACAGGUUAUUUUGGGUGGAAACAUUACAGUCCUGGAAAAAGAAAUCGGGAUGCAUAAAGAAAUCGAGGCAAACCUCACUUCAGAAAUCAUGCUAAACCAAGGUAGGAAAAUGUAUGUCACAGUGGGAGGGUAUGGGAUUUUCGCCUCUGGUAUUGGCUACCAUGAAAGGAGCACUUUCUCAGCCACGAUAUUCUUAGCAGCAUUUUCCCCUGUAACCAUAGAAACCACCCUAGUUAGGGUAAAUAAAUACACAUGAUUGGUUGGUUAUUGCUCCUUCAAAAAUGAGUUUACAUCUGAGGCUGUGAUUACAAAUGUUCGAACGGAUGACUAAUUAGGAUUUAAGUACAAGUUCUAGCAGAGUGAAUGUCUUCAAUAGCCAUCCCAUCUGUUUAACAUUAUUUCAAAGCUGUCAAACAGGCUACUUCUACAGUGCAUUUAGAAAGUAUUCAUACUCCUUGACUUAUUCCACAUUUUGUUGUGUUACAGCAUGAAUUCAAAAUGGAUUAAAUGUAUUUUCUCUCUCACCCAUCUACACACAAUACCCCAUAAUGACAAAGUGAAAACAUGAUUUUAGAAAUGUUUGCAAAUGUAUUAAAAAUUAAAUACAGAAAUAUCUAAUUUACAUAAGUAUUCACAUCCCUGAGUCAGUACAUGUUAGAAUCACCUUUGGAAGCGAUUACAGCUGUGAGUCUUUCUGAGUAAGUCUCUAAGAACUUUGCACACCUGCAUUGUACAAUAUUUGCACAUUAUUAUUUUUUAAAUUCUUCAAACUCUGUCAAGUUGGUUGUUGAUUAUUGCUAGACAGCCAUUUUUAAGUCUUGCCAUAGAUUUUCAAGCCGAUUUAAGUCAAAACUGUAACUAGGCCACUCAGGAACAACAGCCGAUGACAAGCAUACCCAUAACAGGAUGCAGCCACCACUAUGCUUGAAAAUACGGAGAGUGAUACUCAGUAAUGUGUUGUAUUGGAUUUGUCACAAACAUAACACUUUUUAUUCAGGACAAAAAUGUAAAUGCUUUGUCACAUGUUUUGCAGUAUUACUUUUGUGUCUUGUUGCAAACAGGAUGCAUGUUUUGGAAUAUUUGUAUUAUGUACAGCCUUCCUUCUUUUCACUCUGUCAAUUAGGUUAGUAUUGUGGAGUAACUACAAUUGUGUUGAUCCAUCAGUUUUCUCCUAUCACAGCCAUUAAACUCUGUAACUGUUUUAAAGUCACCAUUGGCCUCACGGUGAAAUCCCUGAGAGGUUUCUUUCCUCUCAGCAACUGAGUUAGGAAGGACGCCUGUAUCUUUGUAGUGACUGGGUGUAUUGAUACACCAUCCAAAGUGUAAUUUAAAACUUCACCAUGCUCAAAGGGAUAUUCAAUGUCUGCAUUUUUUUAUUUAUUUUUUACCCAUCUACCAAUAGGUUCCCUUCUUUGCGAGGCUUUGGAAAACCUCCCUGGUCAUUGUGGUUGAAUCUGUGUUUGAAAUUCACUGCUUGACUGAGGGACAUUACAGAUAAUUGUAUGUGUGGGGUACAGAGAUGAGGUAGUCAUUCAAAAAUCAUGUUAAACACUUGUUAGUUAUGUGACUUGUUAAGCACAUCUUUACUCCUGAACUUAUUUAGGCUUGCCAUAACAAAGGGGUUGAAUACUUAUUGACUCAAAACAUUUCAGCUUUUAAUUUUUCAUUAAUUUGUAAAAAUUUCGGAAAACAUAAUUCCACUUUGACAUUAUAGGGUAAUGUGUACAGUGGGGGAAAAAAGUAUUUAGUCAGCCACCAAUUGUGCAAGUUCUCCCACUUAAAAAGAUGAGAGAGGCCUGUAAUUUUCAUCAUAGGUACACGUCAACUAUGACUGACAAAUUGAGGAAAAAAAAUCCAGAAAAUCACAUUGUAGGAUUUUUAAUUUAUUUAUUUGCAAAUUAUGGUGGAAAAUAAGUAUUUGGUCACCUACAAACAGGCAGAUUUCUGGCUCUCACAGACCUGUAGCUUCUUCUUUAAGAGGCUCCUCUGUCCUCCACUUGUUACCUGUAUUAAUGGCACCUGUUUGAACUUGUUAUCAGUAUAAAAGACACCUGUCCACAACCUCAAACAGUCACACUCCAAACUUCACUAUGGCCAAGACCAAAGAGCUGUCAAAGGACACCAGAAACAAAAUUGUAGACCUGCACCAGGCUGGGAAGACUGAAUCUGCAAUAGGUAAGCAGCUUGGUUUGAAGAAAUCAACUGUGGGAGCAAUUAUUAGGAAAUGGAAGACAUACAAGACCACUGAUAAUCUCCCUCGAUCUGGGGCUCCACGCAAGAUCUCACCCUGUGGGGUCAAAAUGAUCACAAGAACGGUGAGCAGAAAUCCCAGAACCACAAGGGGGGACCUAGUGAAUGACCUGCAGAGAGCUGGGACCAAAGUAACAAAGCCUACCAUCAGUAACACACUACGCCGCCAGGGACUCAAAUCCUGCAGUGCCAGACGUGUCCCCCUGCUUAAACCAGUACAUGUCCAGGCCCGUCUGAAGUUUGUUAGAGUGCAUUUGGAUGAUCCAGAAGAGGAUUGGGAGAAUGUCAUAUGGUCAGAUGAAACCAAAAUAUAACUUUUUGGUAAAAACUCAACUCGUCGUGUUUGGAGGACAAAGAAUGCUGAGUUGCAUCCAAAGAACACCAUACCUACUGUGAAGCAUGGGGGUGGAAACAUCAUGCUUUGGGGCUGUUUUUCUGCAAAGGGACCAGGACGACUGAUCCGUGUAAAGGAAAGAAUGAAUGGGGCCAUGUAUCGUGAGAUUUUGAGUGAAAACCUCCUUCCAUCAGCAAGGGCAUUGAAGAUGAAACGUGGCUGGGUCUUUCAGCAUGACAAUGAUCCCAAACACACCGCCCGGGCAACGAAGGAGUGGUUUCGUAAGAAGCAUUUCAAGGUCCUGGAGUGGCCUAGCCAGUCUCCAGAUCUCAACCCCAUAGAAAAUCUUUGGAGGGAGUUGAAAGUCCGUGUUGCCCAGCGACAGCCCCAAACCAUCACUGCUCUAAAGGAGAUCUGCAUGGAGGAAUGGGCCAAAAUACCAGCAACAGUGUGUGAAAACCUUGUGAAGACUUACAGAAAACGUUUGACCUGUGUCAUUGCCAACAAAGGGUAUAUAACAAAGUAUUGAGAAACUUUUGUUAUUGACCAAAUACUUAUUUUCCACCAUAAUUUGCAAAUACAUUCAUUAAAAAUCCUACAAUGUGAUUUUCUGGAGAAAAAAAAUCUCAUUUUGUCUGUCAUAGUUGACGUGUACCUAUGAUGAAAAUUACAGGCCUCUCUCAUCUUUUUAAGUGGGAGAACUUGCACAAUUGGUGGCUGACUAAAUACUUUUUUCCCCCACUGUAUAGGCCAGUGACAUAAACAUCUCAAUUUAAUCAAUUUUAAAUUCAGGCUGUAACACAACAAAACUCAAGCGGUGUGAAUACUUUCUGAAGGCACAGUAUGUUUAAAAAAACCUUUCACAAGUGAUGAUUAUUUACGUUUCUAAACAUUAAAACACAGCGUCAGAAUUGUAGUUCACACGCAGUCUACUGUGGGCAAAGCUAAUCCCUGAAAACUCUACGGAUAAUAAGUGUAUUCCAGAGCUAAGUAAGCUGUAACCAAGGGGCUAUGCAAAUAAAUACUGUAGUUGUGACGUUUAAAAAAAUGUUACAGUCGAUUUUCUGACUUCGAACAAGAGAAGGAAAUUAUAAGCUCUUGAGUAAAGGCGAUAUAAAAAUAACACAUUGUGUGAAAGGGAAGAUGCCUGUUCUGAUAAAUAUCAGGCACCCCGCCAUCAACAGGGUCUUAAUGAGCAAUACAUUUACAACAUUUUAGUUGCCUAGGAGAGCCCUGUCAAAAACAGCGUAGCUAGAAUCUAUUGCUGCAUUCUUGCCUACAUGACCAACAAUUGGAAAAACACAGCUAAUGUGAGUGAAACCCCUUUGCUGCCAGACAAUUCCCAAAAUAGUUAAGUGACGUCAUGGAGUCGUGUACAGUACACAACUCAUACUGAUAAGCAAUCCCAGGGCCAGACAUUACCUUAUAAGUUAAUAAGGCAUAAUGUGAACUAGGGAUGUCCUAUUUCUGUCUAUCAAAGAAGACAUCCAAAACAUCCCAAACUAUUCUAAAUACCAAUAGUAUGCCUUAGCAUUAAAUGUCACUGUCAUUGCAUUUCAAAACGUAUUGUUGUAAUCACUGAUAUUUUUUUUUAUUUCUGUCACUCAAUGUUUUUGAUUUUUAUGCCUUAUUAUGAUUUCAGAGCACAUCGAAUUCCUUCAGGAGAACUUGACACAGGCCUCUCACAAGUGGGAGUCCUGUGUGGCUUUGCACUCAGCUGCUGAGAGCAGGCGGAUAGCAGCCGAAAGCCAGACCAAGGCCUGCGAGUCUAGCAAGCUGUAUUUACAGAAGCAGCUGUAAGUAUCAAUCCUGUGACACUGAGCUGGUACAGAUUUACACUGAGCUGCUAUGAAUUUACACCUUCAGGUUGACUACUGUUAUAAAUCAGCUAAACAAGCCUGGCUGGUUUACCUUUUAUGAGUGUUGAUAUUGUUUCUUGAACCAUGGUUAUAUUUACAGGCAGAGGUGCAAAAAGGAGGACCACCAUUCCUUCGAGUUUUUGGAUGACGGAGUUGCCGCACCCCAGACUAGCAUUCUUGCCUUGGCCGUGGUCCUCUGCGUCAGUCUGCAUUUGAUAACAUGUGAGUGUAAUAGCACAGGGUGCUAACUAAGCAUCAUUAAUCAAUGCCAUGGAGGCUUAUAAGCAGUGGCCGUGUUAGCAGUGUGGAAAAUAAAUCAAAGAUCAUAACAAGCAUAUAAUAAAUCAUAGUUUGUUUGAUUCGAUAUUCAUAGAUACUGUCUGCAACUGUCUAUAAUCCAUAUCUCAAUGUGAUAAAAUAUUUUAAUUACACAUGGUUUCCAGGAACAUAAUGCAUAGCCAGUGGGGUCAUCGAAGACGAUUCAAGGGGAACACUGUUCUCCAAGACAAUAAGAGGGACCUGGACUUGAUAGUAUAUGGAUAUCACUGCUGUACAUCUUUUACUGUUAGGAAACUAAUUGGGGAAACAGUUAAUGAUUAUAUUUUCUUUAGUUUCUUUUUUAUUAUUUUUCAAUUAUAUUUUAAGAAUUGUUAAACAAAAAUUGUAAGACUUAGUCAUGGACAAAAAGUGUUAUAAUUAUUUGUUGCUUUUGAAUGAAUUUCAGCUGCAUUUAUUGCUCUCUUUUCACAUUACAUUUAUAUACGUUGGCUUCUUUUAUUGUUGAACCUUACCCUUACUUAGGCUAUAAUUUUAUUGAAUACUUAGGAUUUUAAUGUCCAUGUUUUGGGAUAUUUCAAGACAGCACAAUUUCGUUUAGGUUAAAGGUCUCUGUAUUUAUUUGUGUGUAAAUGUUUGAAUGUACUUUAUAAGUACUGUCUGAUCGUCUCUUGUUUUGUCCUGUUUUGACUUCUCCCUAUAAAAUUAUUCUUAUCCGACAAUUUUUCUUUUGGAGCUGGCUAUUCAUUUGUCAGUUUAAUGUAUAUACUCUUCUACCAAUAUUUUACAUGGGAAAAAUAUGAACAUUCCGGUAGUUGUUGUUGAGAGAACAUUCAUAAUACAACAAUGACCUGUUGAAUGUAGUGGAAAGGAGAGGGGUUCACACUGAGCUGGGGAUGAUAAUGUGAGGAGCCAAGCCUAGGUUGGGAAUUUGGCCACAACACCGGAAUGAACCUACACUUGCCACAAGUACUAGAUAUGAUCUGAGACGACUGUUCACCACGGCCGGAAUAAGGCAUUUGGGCCACCAGGGCACCUACCUCCAGGGGGCACCUAACCCCAAAAAAACAACAACAAAAAAAAUAUUUUGUCAGGAAAA